AAAAAAUAUAAAAAUGUUUGAAAAUAUUUACACAAAACUCCAAAAAUUCUUCAAAUUUUGAAUUGCCGCUUUUGAGGUUCAUGUCACGCUGCCAUCGCUAAAGUUAUCGUAUCUUUUUCAAAUGUUCCGAGCUCCAGCUCCCCUCUGCGUGACCUCCAGGCGUCAAGACGGCGUCCAUACCCCGUGUAGUUGUCCGCCUGCUAAGUAGCUGUGCCAGCAAGAUGCCCGUCCAAGCCAAGAUCGGCCCCAGCAUUCUCAAUGCAGAUCUCUCCAACCUGGCCAACGAGUCCCAGAAGCUACUGGACAAUGGCGCCGAUUAUUUGCACCUGGACGUGAUGGACGGAAACUUUGUGCCGAACCUUACCUUCGGUCAUCCCAUGGUCAAGAGUUUGCGCAACAAGAUCAAGACGGCCUUCUUUGAGACGCACAUGAUGGUUCAGAAUCCGGAGCAGUGGAUUGAGCCCAUGGCCGAUGCGGGUGUCAAUCUUUACACGUUCCACACCGAGCCGGUGGACGAUGUGGCCAAGGUCAGCCGCCAGGUGCAGGAGGCCGGCAUGAAGGUGGGCCUGGCCAUUAAGCCGGGCACUGAUGUAAAGGACAUUGAAAAGUACAUAGACUUGGCCGACGUGGUGCUGGUGAUGACCGUGGAGCCUGGAUUUGGAGGUCAGUCCUUUAUGGCCGACAUGAUGCCCAAGGUGGAGUGGCUUCGUGAGAACUAUCCGAACCUGGACAUUGAGGUUGACGGCGGAGUUGGACCCAAAACGAUUGAGUGCUGUGCCAAGUCCGGAGCCAACAUGAUCGUCUCAGGAACGGCCGUGGUGGGAGCCUCUGACCAGGGUCAAGUCAUCCGGCAGCUGCGCGAUGUGGUGCAGAGCUACCUCAAGUGAAGAGAAUUUUUAUUAGCCAUAGUAUUAAGCUGAAAUUUAUAUAAGUGUUGACAGUAAACUAGAUGAGGAGGAGGACUAAAAGACAUUUAGAACCGCAAUUAUGUUUUUAUACAUUUAUUUUCCAACAUUCAUAUAAUAUAUGUGUGUAAGUAUA